AUGGCCUCUACCGAAUUGCAUCAGGCGCCUACCGCCGAGAAGGAAAUUGGCGGCGGUACUACCACCGGCGCGAACCUCAACGGCGCAUCUACCACCCAACGUUACGACUAUGGCGGCAACCCGCUCUAUCACGCCCAUUCCGGCCCCGACGCUAGACUCCCUGCCUUCGGUGGUGAGUUUCAACCCGGCUUGUACAAGCCUAUCGAGCAUCGCAAGUUUGCAAACCCUGCACCUCUUGGUCUCUCUGCUUUCGCCUUGACUACCUUCGUCUUAUCUCUCGUCAACGUCAACGCGCGUGGAGUCGCCAUGCCGAAUAUCGCCUUGACGCUAGCAUACGGAUAUGGUGGUCUCGUGCAGCUGCUAGCUGGCAUGUGGGAAAUGGCAGUAGGCAACACUUUCGGUGCCACCGCCCUAUCGUCCUACGGUGGUUUCUGGAUUUCCUACGCUAUCGCCCUGACCCCAGGCUUCGAGGCCUUGGUCAAUUACCCAGAUGAAGCCCAGAAGGCGUCAGUUCUUGGUUUCUUCUUGACGGGCUGGUUCAUAUUCACCUUCAUCCUACUUCUAUGCACCUUAAGGUCUACGGUUAUGUUCUUCCUGCUAUUCUUUACCCUCGACCUCGCCUUCCUCAUGCUUGCCUGUGCCGAAUACGCAAAGUCCAACGGCGCGGCGGUUUCGGCUGUGAAGUUGACGCAAGCGGGUGGUGGAUUUGGUCUGCUUGCCGCGUUCCUUGCCUGGUACAAUGCGUUCGCUGGUAUUGCCGACUCGAGCAAUUCCUUCUUCAUCAUCCCCGUCUUCCACUUCCCGUGGUCUGAGAAAGGACGCCAGGUCCGAGCCACCAAGAGCGAACGUGAGACAGCAUAG